AUGGUAAUCUUCCUUGUUAAUAUUGGAUCUCCAACAACUUUUAUCAGUGGUGAAGUGUUACAUUCAUUUGGAAUUGAGAUGGCUGAUCCUGUAAAUGAUUAUAUUGAUGUUAACAUUAAUAAUAAAAGAGUGCAAGCAAUGAUGUCACACUCACAUUUUGAAAAUAUAUGUAUUAUAGGAAUGUCAUUUCUAAAUGCAAAUAAAGUAGGUUUUCACACAUUUUAUGGAGAUGACAUCUUUCAUUUAAAUUUUGAUGAAGAGUUUGGAGAGAAAGAAAUGAAUUUAAGGUUAAAAAAAAAAUAUUUAUAUGGUAAGGGAUUUAUGAAUAUUAUGCAAUUUGAAAAAAGAAAGGUGGAAAAUUAA